CGUGGGCGGUGCAGUGGGCGGUGGGAGGGGGGCCGUCCGUGUCCACUCUCACUCACUGGUGGCAUUGUCAUGGAAACUAGACCACCGCCUCGCUAUUGUCUCGCGCUCUGCCAAGUUUAUUAUAAACACUGCGCGAGCAGCAGCGCGCUGUCAAACGGAGCGCGAGAGCAGAGCGAACUGCAGUAGGCUACAGGGAGGGAAACCGACCAGAGAAAAGCAGGAUCAGGAGAAAGUGAAAAAGGAGAGUGAAGAGCUGUAGAGAGACAAGCCAAAACAUCUGGAUUAUUGACCAAGAAACACGAACAACAGCCCUGUGACAGUGAGAUAUACACCACAAAGCUGACAGGAGUUUUCAAGAGACGAACCGAGAGAUACUGGAGAGACAGACCAACUCCAACUGGUUUGAACAAUAUCACUCGAUUUGCUAAAAUAAAAGGCGGUUAAAGACACACCCAAACCUCUCUGCUCAGAGUUCCGCUCGUCGUUUUUAGUUUGCAAACCGGUGUUUGCACCGGCUCAUCUCCAUGUAUAAGAUGGAUUACUCCUACCUGAACUCCUAUGACUCCUGCAUGGCGGCCAUGGAAGCGUCGGCCUACGCGGACUUCAGCUCCUGCAGCCAGGCCAGCUCCUUCCAGUACAACCCGAUCCGGAGCGGACCCUUCUCCAACCCGGGCUGCACUCCGCUCAGCACGGCCAGCUGCACCCUGGGAGCCCUGCGAGAGCACCAGCCCACACCUUACUCCUCAGUCCCUUACAAGUUUUUCUCGGACCCCUCCGGCCUGAACGAGAAGAGGAAGCAGCGGCGCAUCAGGACCACCUUCACCAGCUCCCAGCUGAAGGAGCUGGAGCGGGUCUUUGCCGAGACACACUAUCCGGACAUCUACACCCGAGAGGAGCUGGCGCUGAAGAUAGACCUGACCGAGGCGAGGGUACAGGUGUGGUUUCAGAACAGACGUGCAAAGUUUCGCAAGCAGGAGCGUGCAGCCAACGCCAAAGCCAACAGCUCUGGUGGCACCACGGGCAGCAGCUCCAGCAGCAGCUCUGGAGGGAAGAAGGGCGGAGAGCUGAGAUCUUCAUCCGAUGAUGAUGAGUCCAAAGAAUCCACCUGCAGCCCCACACCUGACAGCACGGCCUCCCUGCCGGGCUCGGCCAAUGGAAACUUGGGCAGCCCCGCCAGCCUGAGCCCCAGCCCGGCUCCUGUAAAUAGUGGCUACAUUAACACCUCCAGCUCUCCGGUUCUCCAGGGGCUGAAGCCGCCCAGCUGGUCCAGUCUGGGGCCGUCCAACCCAGCCGUUGCCCAGCCUGCUACCCAGACUCAGGAGAUUCUGAAGGCCUGGCAGCCGGCGGACAGUAUGACCGGGCCCUUUGCUGGAGUCCUGUCCUCCUUCCACAGAAAACCCAACCCCACCAUCAAGACAAACCUGUUCUGAAGCACAGAUGAAGAGGAAAUGAGAGACAAACAUUAUGCUGUCUACAGGAACAGUGAGGAAUUUCCAGCUUUGGUUGAGAGUCAGGACAUACCCAUUAUAACACUGAAUUCGCUGGUGUAGUCCGCUGUAGUUCAGCGAGGCCUUCAGUUCUUCUCUAAAAAAAAAGUGUCUUGUGUCAAACUGAUUGGAAGAUAAUAAAGUCAAAGGUUUGGACACCAUCUCUCACCCUAAAAAUUAUGCAACUGCACUUGCAAAACUCUCGACAUGGUCAGUCUCCUUCCUGCAAUGCCUCUUCACUUUCACUCUCAGAUGUGUUCAUACAGAUUGACGAGAAAUCACAUUUCCUCAGAUAAACCUAAGACAAGACACACUAUUUAUUGAUGCAACACUCUUCAUGUACAGGCCCUUGAACUUCAGAGCGUCAAAAGGAUGAUUGUGUAGCCCAAUCAGAACUGCUUUAACUGAUAAACACAUGCAUACACAGUCUUUUUCACUUGUUCUUUUCAGUCUUUCUUGCCACCUAUAAACUCACAUUCCCACAGUCGCUGCAUUGCAGCAGACUCUUGGGCAGCCAUAGCGGCAGCUCUGAUGAGCAUGGCGAUCAGGUACAAGUUUAAAGCAGAAAUCCAAACAUCACGUUCCAGUCUCUGCUGGGGAAACAAAACAGACUUUUACCCUCAAGCACAACUUCUUCUAAGCUCCCCUGACACACACACUCUAACCAGAAGGGAACAGAGUCCCCCCCCCCCAAAAACUCUUUCUGAGCAGAGAAGAGCACCCCAAAAUCCAAUUAGAGCAGCCGGGCCAAGACCAGACACCUCCCCAGUUCAUCCCUUUUCCUUCUUUACUGUAACAAGUCCUGACUCCUCCACUCUCAACCUCAAUGUGACCCACAACCAACCCCCCCCCCCUCGCCCAGGCUUUAUGGUCCUAUCCCUUCACACUCUCUGUCCCAAUAUGCCUUUCUCCUUCAAACAGUGGGUACUUUGUUAAAAUUCAGCAAGGGAAAGAGGGGCCGACGUCUUGAGACUCCUGCAGUUUCCUGCUCUGUUCUUUGGGUAGAGAGAGGUGAAAAGAUGUAGUUCUACACAAAGCAGAGUGACCUACAACUACGUCAAUUUAAUUUUAAGAGACUUGUACUGUGGGUAUCAUCGUACAGUCUACUACAACUGGGUUUUCAUUUUCGUCACUGACUGAAGAGUUUUUUGAUGAUUCUCCUGCUGGACUGAUGAGUUUGUUGCUUCAGUCUGUGGUAUGAACUCUAGCGGGCUAAUAACUCAUCACCUACUCUGAGUCGUUCAUCAGUUGUUUUCAUUAACUCUCCCACAACCAAAAAAUAUGGGACCAUCUUUCUGAGAGUUGAAACGCAACCUGGUCAAACGUUGGCAAUAUAGAGAGAUGGAGACAGUUACUGGAGUUUUAUACUGUGUCCAUUAAUACACUCAUUUUGUCUCUGUUGAUCUCCAUCUUUGUUUUGCAAAAAGGCAAAAAAGCAGCUGUUUGUACUUUCUCUCACCUUGCAAACUUGCUUGUGUAACAUCUCUAUUUCAUUUUGUAGCGAUUCACUGUAACAAGACUGAUUUCAGAGAUGACUUGGUUUACUCCAGAAAUCUACUUGAAAAAGGAAAAAA